UGGAACAGUUAAAGGCUAAGGGCGGGUUUAAGAAUAUUUCUCAACCGUUAUUAUUCCAAUAUUCCCGACCAUGAUGAUCCACAACUAACCCGCCAAAUAUGACAUUCCCGCCAACCGUCAAAAUGUUCUUUGCCAUCUAUUGGACGCUAGGUUUAUUCGGGUGCUCACCACGAAAACACCUCCGCUUAUCUCUUUCGCACCUGCUACAUUUCAGUGCAGCCAAGCGCCGUCAGUCGGUGUUGUGUGAAGUUCACCUGCAAUUGGCGUACUCGACGUGCGUUUGUGUUGUAAAUAUGGCGCCAUAGUUGUGUAGAUACGUUCCAUGAACUUUUGUUGCCGAUUUUUCUCAGUUUCCCAAGUCAGUUCGUAGCUUUUCGCGUGUGACAACGACCGGCCAGUGUGUGACUGUGACCCCUCGCCAGUUCGGACAGGUGGGCAUUGCUUGGUUUGGGAAAUUCGCACGUGUAUCGGUCGCGAUUGUGACUUCGCGUUUUUCGCAAAAAGGAUCCGCAGUUCGGUUGUGUAUUCCGUUACGUCGCGUGCCGUGGUGUUCGUGCAUCGUCGUUCCGCGCUUCGAGCGUGUGUGCAGUUGUCACUACCACUACACGCAGCAGUUCUGCACUCGCAGCCUAUCCGUAUACGAAUUCGCCUGGCAAAGGCUCGUAGUGUCAGUGCCUGGCUGUCGCAGUUUUUGCAUUCGUUUGCGUUCAUGCAAAGGAAUCGGUCGUGCAGGUUUCGGUCGUGAUUUUCCCGUAAACAUUUUUCUGAUUUCGUUGUUGUUUUCCGGUGCAUUUUCCGCGUUGUUUGAGUUUCCCGCCGCCUCCGGUCGGCACAGAUUAAUUUCCUCGUGUAAUUUUUUGCGUGUCAGCGUGCACGGGACCGCGGCUGUUGCACUUUUCCGGGACCUGGAAGAAGCGCCUUGAAGAGCUGGUCGUCGGCGGACGGGGACGCACAUGUCAGAUUCGCGUUCGCACGGACGUCGUCGGUGACGGCUGUCAGUGUUCUGCGCUGAAAGGAUUCGUCGCCUUGUUUUGGACGAGUUGCCAAAGUUCGCAAAGUGUGUCGAAGUGAUUCGGUUCGGGCGCCCCGAAAUGUCAUCGCGACCGACCGCGACACGAACCUGAGCUGUCAGCUGUUCGCCGCCGCCGCCGCUUGCUCACACUUGGGAUCUCGCAGCUCCAAGCUUUUAUGAGACGAAAAAAUGAGUUCUGCGCCAACUCAAUUGGCUGUGGCACCGAGCGCCUCGACUUUGGUUACAACUACAACACAAAUCAAGAAGGAAUUCCUCGAGGAAUCAUCGUAUUGUCAAAAUAGUUUACCACCGCGUUCAAGGGGUGGCUUGAAAGGAAAACCCCUCACUCGUAGCCAUGCUAUGCGUGAAUCUGCCUCACCACCUCGAACACCAACGCCACGAUCAUCAGCCGAUGGUUUAGAUAGUUCACCAACAUCAUUUUCAGGCUCAGUAAGCGCAGCUACUCAUUCCCACUCGUCAUCGAGCGAAACAAUAAAUGAUUAUAAAUUGCAAGUACAAUCAUUAUCACCAUCACCACUGCUCACUUCGUCAUCGAUUCCCGGAACGCCAACGGCGCAAACACAGGAGUCAAUCACACCACUGUCACUAGGACCAGCAAAUAAUCAACAGCAUAUUUCAACAACUACAGCAGCAAUGUAUUCGAGUACUGAAAGUAAUGGUGUUUUGUGUAGUCAAAGUCAGUUAGACGUUGAUUUCCCAAAGCUGACCCCGCCUAAAUCGAAAGGACAUCGUAAUCACAAUAACAACGUGAAUCGUGAUUCAAGUGAGAAACAGUUAAAUGUAAGCAGUGACUCAUCAGCAUCAUCUGCAUCAUCAAAACUGCAACAGCAAUCGGGUAAUUUCGGUUCAGGCCCCAUGAUCAGCAAUUCAGACGCGAAAGCUCAAAACAAAAAUACAGAGAACGAUAUCAUGAAAAUGAAUCAUCACAAUAAUAACAAUAAUAAGAACAAUCGUGGAAAUCUGCAAACCAAUGGUCAAUCGCCGCCGAUGCAGAAGCAAAGUCAAUCGCAGCGACGAAACCAAUCGUCUCAUUCAAUACAACUUCAUGAGUCGCAGCAUCAGACACAGCAACAACACAAUCAUCAGAUUCAAACCGAUUCAAAUCUAGUGAAUAAUUUUAAUAAUCUACAGAUCUCUAGCCCCCCUCCUCAAACACAUCAGAUGUGUCUCGAUAAGGAGACGACUAAUAAUAAUCGUUAUAUGCGUGCAAACGAUGAAAAUUGCAGCACUCCCAUUGGUGGCAAUCACAAUCAAAUAAACUGUAUGAACAGUUCAUGUAAUUCCGCCUAUGGCCAUGAUGAAAAUCGUAAUAAUGUUUUAAGUGAAAGCCCUACAGACAAUACCAAUAACAUGUCCAUGGCGAAUGCCAAGUGUGAUCGACAAAUGAGCAAAAAACAUAGGAAUAGUGCUAAUGCCAAGGGAUCAAAAGCACGUCUUAAGAAUAUGGGAUCAUCAUCAAGUGUCGAAGGUGGAAAUAGUACAUCGGGUUUUAUAUCUAGAGAUAGCUCAACGGAACAGUUUACAGAUGCCAGUGGUAUCGAUUUAAAAGAAUUUUUCAGAGAAACACUUUCAAAAAAUCCAAUUGAUCGCUGUACGCUUUUAGAUAUUGAAAAAGACCUCACUGAACUAGUACAUGACAAAACUCGAAAUGACAUACAGUAUCCAGCAAUGUCGUCGUAUAAUCGUAUGCUGAUACAUAGGGUGGCUGCAUUUUUUGGAAUGGAACACAAUGUCGAUUCUACAACACCACAAUGUGUAAUUGUGUCGAAAACAAAGCAAAGUAGAAUUCCAUCGAUAAAAUUCAAAUCACUGUAUCGCGCAAACGAUACAGCGCCGCGGAAAUCCAUCUUAAAACGCGAUGCCUACAGUUUCGAUGAACCGCCUAGACGUAAUCUAUUGAAUUGUCCGGAUCGGGGCAUGUUAGAUCGUAAAGCAAAAAGUUAUGAACAACGAGAAGAAGAAUAUGAACAAGUUCGUAAACGAAUAUUUCGUGCGCCCGACGGUAGUGGCGAAAUGAACGAAUGGCAGUCAUCACAAUGGUGCGGUAAUGAAAGCCCUGAACAUUCGAACCGUUUACGGCAUAAUAAGUUACUCAAAGUCCAAUCAAUGUCAUCUGAAUCUCGACAAGAUGGGCGUCCCAGUGUGUCGAAAUCUCAUAGCUUCGGUGGAUAUGGAGGUCCGCCACCGAGUGGUGGUCCCCUGACGCGCGGUGAUUCUAUAAAUUCGACACGAAGUGCAGGUGCACGACUAUUCCCCAAACAGGAUUCGAUAAAUAGCACAAAUACUCCAUGGAGGUUGUCACCGUCAAGUAGUGGAUAUAAAACACAAACACAAUCUCUACGUUCUGAUUCGGUCACUCCCUCGCCAACUGGUUAUGGAAGCGAUGAUCAUACACCAGAACCGUGUGUUGUACAAUCGCCACCAGCGAUACCAUUUGGUGUUGUUUGGGCCGUUACUGAUAUGGCUAGUGUGCCAAGAGGCAGUGUCCUUAUUAACCCACAUACGUUGCAACCGAUCGUCAAUCAAGACGGUUCGAUUUAUCACUUUGACCCUUCAAACUUACCACCUAGUCAAGCUGUACCGCCUGGUACUUACAGCAACAAUAAAACGUCAUCGGGCGUAACAUCCGGACAUCGGAAAAUUGUCGUCGAUAAACCGAAAGUCAUAAGGUCAGAUUCGCACAACGGCAGCAUUAAUAGCACGACUAAUAACAAUACUCAAGAAUUGAGUGGAGCGAAUAAUAUUGGUUCGGGUGGCAGUGGGCAACCACCACCGACUAUAAAUGAAACAAGUUCCGUGGAAAAUUCAUCUGAGUCAUCAGCACAAAGUGUUCUCAUCGUUGAAACGAAUAGUGCAGGUCACGACGGAGAACAUGAAGCAAAUGUAACCAAAGAUAGUCAUCCUCAUCGAGAAAUGAGCGACAUUCAAGAAGAAUCCAUUGAAUCUUUUGCAGAAUCGGGGAGUCAGUCAAAUGAAGACAAGCCAGCAGUGACUAUGGAUAGUUUGACCGACACUCAAGACAAACCAAAGCUAAUAAAUCAAGCAACUAGUCCAAAUAUUCCAUCACCCGAACCAGAGCAACCUGCUCUGCCGAAUGAGAAAUUAAACGUAAGCGCUGUUGAAACAAAUCCCAGUCAAAGCUCGAUAAAUACAACUAGUGCGUCGACACCAUCGUCAACUACAAUCGUACAACAGACCUCAUAUAAAAAAGACGACACAAGUAGCAAACCAUCUUCCGCUACACCAAAUAUUCCACUAAUGAGUUUCGCUCCAACUGGAUAUCAAGCUAUUGAUGGAAGUACAGUAUUCGCAUCACCUACAAACGGGCCAUUCCCAACUGCAGCCGCAUAUCAAACUGGGCCUGAUGGAAGCGUUUAUGCGGUUCCGCAGCCAAUGGUUUAUGCUUAUCCACCACCAAUGGAAGGAGAUUUCCCAGGAUAUUUUAUGCCUGUUUACGAUCAAUCACAACGAGAUCCAAAUGGCUUAGUGGCAGCAGCGCCUGCACAAGCAAUUUAUCAACCGGCAGGCGGUCCGACAACGACAGUUGUGGCUUAUCCAACCGCAGCCCCCUAUGGUGGUGCGCCCCUGUAUCAGGGUCAGGUUGUAUAUUCGCCCGCUGACCAAUUUACCACAGCCGCUUCUGGCGGGCAGCUUCAACAAUACCCCGUUCCCACGUAUCCAGUUAGCUACACUUAUCCUUAUAAUGGAUAUUGGGGACAAACGGCGAUGACAUACUAUGUUCCUCAACCGGCGCCACCACCUAUUGCUUCGUCGAUAAUACCGCAACCAUUAACUGGUACAGUAGGAGGGGUGACGAGUCUUGGAAGUUCUACAGGACACUCUAGCAAUGGCAAUUCUUCGAAUGGCACAAAACGGAGCACACCUCCGCAAAACAAUCUAUCUAGUGGUCAUAAUAGUCAAUCAGCUACACCAGCUGCGGCAAGUACAUAUCAAUUCGCCACUACGGCACCGCCGGGAUUGCCACUCACUGCUUUAGCGGCUACAGCAGCUGAUCCGAAUGGACCGCCUGGAACCACAAUGUAUGCCAUUCCACAAACUGCCACCGUUUUUCCAAGUGUGUUACCUUACGCGCCGCCACCCGGGACCCCGUCCGGGGUUUUAUCUCAUCAUCUUCCCGCUCCUGGGUCGCACCAUCCUCAACCAAACGCUGUGAUUAAUCCACUAAUUUCUACUCAAACCGCCUCGGGGUUGGGAGUUGCUCCCCAAAUUCCAAUUGAUGCGACUGUAGCACCGAACGGUAACGUCAUAGGAGGAGUUGGAUACACAUUGAAUACCGCAAUUGCAGAUCGAAACGGAUCUCACGGCGGCCACAAUAAUAGCGGAACCCCACAUUCAGCUCCUAGUACGCCACUAUCAAAUUCCGUUUCGUUGCCGCAUCAACAUAGAAAUCCACCUCCGCUUUUCGCCACCCCGCCAAUUCUCCCAACCAACUACAAUAAUCCUAUGCAGAGCCAUUACUCACAAUUUACGGAUGUCCAAAAUGGAAUUUGCAAUUCCUACUCAUCCACAUCGAACUACGAACGUCGAAAUUCAAGCAAACGAAAUAACGGUGGUUAUGCACAAAACAGUCGGCAAAAUAGUUAUACAAGUAAUCAGAAUACGCGCAAAACGAACAUUAACGAUAUUACCAACAACACCUCGUCGCCUUCUAUGAACCAAAAUGGAAACCGUUCAUCGUUGCAUAUGCAGCAAAAGCGCAUAAAUAAUAGUGAUAAGACCCAGUCAUCCAUGAACAACAGUAAUGCUAACAAUGCACAAAACAACGGCAGCAAUCACAAUCUUGUGGAUAAAUCCCGCAAUUCGUCAAUCACUAAUAACGGAGGUGGGGCAACGAAUAACGGUAACAAUACAAGCGGUAUACGUACAAAGCCAUCUAAUCUCGACUUCAGACGUAGUGUGAGUCAACGUAAUUCGCCUAGCACGAAUUCAAUGGAAAGCAACAAUAAUUCUCCAAAUAGCAUUGCAUCAAUGAAUCAUAUGUCAGCGGUAGCGACGCAUAGUUCGUCUUUGGAACAUCCACCGCCAAUGUACAUAACACGUGGAACCCACAUUCCACCAAUGCAUCCACCCACGGCGGCGGCUGUAGUAGCUGCUGCGGCAGCUGCAGCUGCAGUUGCCAAUGAUGCCUGCCAUCCACAAUUGAUUGGAGCAGCAUACAAUCAUCCUGCUGCCGCAGCUCCUACCGGAAUGUAUAUUAAAUAUGGACAACCAUAUUUCGCACAUCCGUCAAUGGCACUGCCAAACAAUCGAAGAUCUCCGCCAAACGAUUUAAGACCACAACUAGCACCUAUUGCAGGUGUCUAUUCAACCGUUAACAUGAUGCUUCCGGCCCCGCGUACCAUGCCGCCGAGGCAACCGAAUCCGAAUUACAAGGGAAACAAACCGUCACGCUAGGAGUAACAAAAAGAAAAAAAUACAUUUAAUGGACACUAUUUAAACAAACUAUACAUAAUUGUUAUAAAAGAUAAAAAAUACAACUAGAGAAAAAAACAAUAUCCAGCAGAACAAUUUUUCCGAUCCAAUGAUAAAAAUGAAAAACUUAACAAAAAAAAAACAUAUAUUAAGUAGAAGUAUAUGGACUUUAAAUCAUUCUCAUCUCCGCUCUCCAUUCAGCAAAAUUUAAAAUUCGAUCUGUCGUUCUGCAUACAUUGUGAAAUUGAACUCCAUUCGCGUCGCGGUCUCGACAAAAAAACGAUAAUCGUAAAAUCUGCUUUCGAUAUUUCUUCCCUUUUCGUUUUCGGUAAAAGUAAAACAGCGACAUGUAGAAACAUGGUAAAAAUUCAAUAGAAUAAAGUCACGCAAUUUUCACUCGCGAUAUCUGUGAAUUUAUUGCCAUAUUACUUAACUAUUAUGAUUAAUUUAAUUAAUGCAAAACAAUAAAUUUGAAAGUUUAUAAUAAGAAUUAUUAUUAUAAUUAUAUAUUUAUAUACAAAAGAGAAAAAAAUGAAAAAUGAAUCGGAAAAAACUGCAGAAAUACCAUCAAAAACAACAUCAACUAAAAAAAUAUAUUGUUUUUUUUUUAAAUUAAGAGAAAGAAAUCUAUUCAGUAAGUUAAGGAAAAGUUUAUAAAAACGAGAAAAAAAAACAGUUUACACUAAAGUAAAA